AUGGCAAAGACAAAUAAGGGAAAAUGUGAAGGAUGUUCUGUCACUGGAAUCAUUCCGAAAGAAGCAGCACAGCAUUGUCAGAAGUGUCCUCAGAUCAAACAGAAACUAAAUGUAAAGGGUGGAACUGCAACAGAAGCAUUCGUUGCCAUUGUUUUCGGUGAUCGUGUAGCCACUGAAUACUGGAUGAAUGUGCUGAUACCUUGCGAUACGCCAGUCUAUGAAGUUGAAGAGUUUCUCAAGGACAUAUGGCUAGAGUGUUGCGGUCACAUGACCACUUGGGAAGGUCUGAAAAAUGGGGUCGGUGAGUUUAAAGAUAUCUACGGUGGCAAUGAGGAGCCAGAUGAGAAGGACGUUGCGAUCUCAGAGUGUGUCGAUCUCGGUGGGACAGUCUCGAUGGACUAUGAUAUGGGAACAACGACCACUGUCAAUCUUAUGUUUUACGAGAAGAUUAACGUCAAGAUGGACGAUCCAGGCAUCAGAGUACUGAUUAGAAACACCAUUAACAAGCCCAACUGUAAGGAAUGCAAGAAACCUAAUCAUCCAGUUCACUACACCUGCGAUGAUUGCGACUAUUCCAAGAUGUGUGAGGAAUGCGGUGACGGUGAACACGAAGAACACUCAAAAACCACAAUCUCAAACUCACCAAGAUCUGGAUCCUGUGGAUACUCCUAUGACGACGAUGAAGAAAUACCAGAACAAUAUCAGUUGAGUUAA